AUGGUUCAAAGCCAAGCCAAGCAGACAGCACUGCUAGAAAACAUUAGAGCACAACCAACCAUUCAUCAGCUGCUAGAAAACAUUAGAGCACAACCAACCAUACAUCAGCUGCUAGAAAACAUUAGAGCACAACCAACCAUACAUCAGCUGCUAGAAAACAUUAGAGCACAACCAACCAUACAUCAGCUGCUAGAAAACAUUAGAGCACAACCAACCAUACAUCAGCUGCUAGAAAACAUUAGAGCACAACCAACCAUACAUCAGCUGCUAGAAAACAUUAGAGCACAACCAACCAUACAUCAUCUGGUAGAGCAACUCAGAGCACAACCAACCAUACAUCAGCUGCUAGAGCAACUCAGAGCACAGCCAAGCAGACAUCAGCUGGUAGAACAACUCAGAGCACAACCAACCAUACAUCAUCUGCUAGAGCAACUCAGAGCACAACCAACCAUACAUCAUCUGCUAGAGCAACUCAGAGCACAACCAACCAUACAUCAUCUGCUAGAGCAACUCAGAGCACAACCAACCAUACAUCAUCUGCUAGAGCAACUCAGAGCACAACCAACCAUACAUCAUCUGCUAGAGCAACUCAGAGCACAACCAACCAUACAUCAUCUGCUAGAGCAACUCAGAGCACAACCAACCAUACAUCAUCUGCUAAGGCAACUCAGAGCACAACCAACCAUACAUCAUCUGCUAGAGCAACUCAGAGCACAGCCAAGCAGACAUCAGCUGGUAGAACAACUCAGAGCACAACCAACCAUACAUCAGCUGCUAGAGCAACUCAGAGCACAACCAACCAUACAUCAGCUGCUAGAGCAACUCAGAGCACAACCAACCAUACAUCAGCUGCUAGAGCAACUCAGAGCACAGCCAAGCAGACAUCAGCUGGUAGAACAACUCAGAGCACAACCAACCAUACAUCAGCUGGUAGAGCAACUCAGAGCACAACCAACCAUACAUCAGCUGCUAGAGCAACUCAGAGCACAGCCAAGCAGACAUCAGCUGGUAGAAAACAUUAGAGCACAACCAACCAUACAUCAGCUGCUAGAGCAACUCAGAGCACAACCAACCAUACAUCAGCUGCUAGAGCAACUCAGAGCACAGCCAAGCAGACAUCAGCUGCUGCUAGAGCAACUCAGAGCACAGGCAAGCAGACAUCAGCUGGUAGAACAACUCAGAGCACAACCAACCAUACAUCAGCUGGUAGCACAACUCAGAGCACAGGCAAGCAGACAUCAGCUGGUAGAACAACUCAGAGCACAACCAACCAUACAUCAGCUGGUAAAACAAAUCAGAGCACAACCAAAUAUUCAUCAGCUGCUAGAAAACAUUAGAGCACAACCAACCAUACAUCAGCUGCUAGAGCAACUCAGAGCACAGGCAAGCAGACAUCAGCUGGUAGAACAACUCAGAGCACAACCAACCAUACAUCAGCUGGUAAAACAAAUCAGAGCACAACCAACCAUACAUCAGCUGGUAGAACAACUCAGAGCACAACCAACCAUACAUCGGCUGGUAGAAAAACUUAGAGCACAACCAACAAUACAUCAGCUGGUUGAACAACUCAAAGCACAUCCAACAAUACAUCAGCUGGUUGAACAACUCAAAGCACAUCCAACAAUACAUCAGCUGGUAGAAAAACUUAAAGCACAACCAAUCAUACAUCAGCUGGUAGAACAACUCAGAACACAACCAACCACACAUCAGCUGGUAGCACAACCAACCAUACAUCAACUGGUAGAACAAUUCAGAGCUCAACCAACCAUACACCAGCUGGUAGAACAACUCAGAGCACAACCAACCAUACAUCAGCUCGUAGAACAACUCAGAGCACAACCAAUCAUAGAUCAACCCUUAGAACAACUCAGAGCACAACCAAUCAUACAUCAACUGGUAGAACAAAUCAGAGCACAACCAACCUCACAUCAGCUGGUAGAACAAAUCAGAGCACAACCAACCAUACAUCAGCUGGUAGAAAAAAUUAGAGCACAACCAACCUCACAUCAGCUGCUAGAACAACUCAGAGCACAACCAACCAUACAUCAGCUGAUAGAAAAAAUGAGAGCACAACCAACCAUACAUCAGCUGGUAGAACAACUCAGAGCACAACCAACCAUACAUCAGCCCUUGAAACUACCCAGAGAACAACCAACCAUACAUCAGCUGGUUGAACAACUCAGAGCACAUCCAAGCAGACAUCAGCUGGUAGAACAACUCAGAGCUCAACCAACCAAACAUCAGCUGGUAGAAAAAAAUAGAGCACAACCAACCAUACAUCAGUUGGUAGAACAACUCAGAGCACACCCAACCAUACAUCAGCCGGUAGAAAAAAUUAGAGCACCACCAACCAUACAUCAGCUGGUAGAAAAACUAAGAGCACAACCAACCAUACAUCAGCUGGUAGAACAACUCAGAGCACAACCAAAUAAACAUCAUCUGGUAGAAAAACUCAGAGCACAGCCAAGCAGACAUCAGCUGGUAGAACAACUCAGAGCACAACCAACCAUACAUCAGCUGGUAGAAAAACAUAAAGCACAACCAACCAUACAUCAGCUGGUUGAACAACUCAGAGCUCAACCAACCAUACAUCAGUUGCUGGUAGAACAACUCAGAGCACAACCAAGCAUACAUCAGCUGGUAGAACAACUCAGACCGCAACCAGCCAUAUAUCAGCUGGUAGAACAACUCAGAGCACAACCAAGCAUACAUCAGCUGGUAGAACAACUCAGAGCACAACCAAGCAUACAUCAACCCUUAAAACAACUAAGAGCACAACCAACCAUACAUCAGCUGGUAGAACAACUCAGAGCACAACCAACCAUACAUCAGCUGGUUGAACAACUCAAAGCACAUCCAACCAUACAUCAGCUGGUAGAAAAACUUAAAGCACAACCAAUCAUACUGCAGCUGGUAGAACAAUCAACCAUACAUCAACUGGUAGAACAAUUCAGAGCUCAACCAACCAUAAACCAGCUGGUAGAACAACUCAGAGCACAACCAACCAUACAUCAGCUCGUAGAACAACUCAGAGCACAACCAACCAUACAUCAGCUGGUAGAAAAACUCAGAACACAUCCAUGCAUAUGUCAGCUGGUAGGACAACUCAGAGCACAACCAACCAUAUGUCAGCUGGUAGAACAACUCAGAGCACAACCAACCAUACGUCAGCUGGUAGAACAACUCAGACCACAACCAAUCAUACAUCAGCUGGUAGAACAACUCAGACCACAACCAACCAUACGUAAGCUGGUAGAACAACUCAGAGCACAACCAACCAUACAUCAGCUGGUGGAACAACUCAGACCACAACCAAGUACACAUCAGCUGGUAGAACAACUCAGAGCACAACCAACCAUACAUCAGCUGGUAGAACAACUCAGAGCACAACCAACCAUACAUCAGCUGGUAGAACAACUCAGACCACAAACAAUCAUACAUCAGCUGGUAGAACAACUCAGACCGCAACCAACCAUACGUAAGCUGGUAGAACAACUCAGAGCACAACCAACCAUACGUCAGCUGGUGGAACAACUCAGAGCACAACCAACCAUACAUCAGCUGAUAGAAAAAAUGAGAGCACAACCAACCAUACAUCAGCUGGUAGAACAACUCAGGAGCACAACCAACCAUACAUCAGCCCUUGAAACUACCCAGAGAACAACCAACCAUACAUCAGCUGAAAAACUCAGAGCACAGCCAAGCAGACAUCAGCUGGUAGAACAACUCAGAGCACAACCAACCAUACAUCAGCUGGUAGAAAAACAUAAAGCACAACCAACCAUACAUCAGCUGGUUGAACAACUCAGAGCACAUCCAAGCAGACAUCAGCUGGUAGAACAACUCAGAGCUCAACCAACCAUACAUCAGUUGCUGGUUGAACAACUCAAAGCACAUCCAACCAUACAUCAGCUGGUAGAAAAACUUAAAGCACAACCAAUCAUACUGCAGCUGGUAGAACAAUCAACCAUACAUCAACUGGUAGAACAAUUCAGAGCUCAACCAACCAUAAACCAGCUGGUAGAACAACUCAGAGCACAACCAACCAUACAUCAGCUCGUAGAACAACUCAGAGCACAACCAACCAUACAUCAGCUGGUAGAAAAACUCAGAACACAUCCAUGCAUAUGUCAGCUGGUAGGACAACUCAGAGCACAACCAACCAUAUGUCAGCUGGUAGAACAACUCAGAGCACAACCAACCAUACGUCAGCUGGUAGAACAACUCAGACCACAACCAAUCAUACAUCAGCUGGUAGAACAACUCAGACCACAACCAACCAUACAUCAGCUGGUAGAACAACUCAGAGCACAACCAACCAUACAUCAGCUGGUGGAACAACUCAGACCACAACCAAGUACACAUCAGCUGGUAGAACAACUCAGACCACAACCAACCAUACAUCAGCUGGUGGAACAACUCAGACCACAACCAACCAUACAUCAGCUGGUAGAACAACUCAGAGCACAACCAACCAUAUGUCAGCUGGUAGAACAACUCAGAGCACAACCAAGUAGACAUCAGCUGGUAGAACAACUCAGAGCACAACCAACCAUACAUCAGCUGGUAGAACAACUCAGAGCACAACCAACCAUACAUCAGCUGGUAGAACAACUCAGACCACAAACAAUCAUACAUCAGCUGGUAGAACAACUCAGACCGCAACCAACCAUACGUAAGCUGGUAGAACAACUCAGAGCACAACCAACCAUACGUCAGCUGGUGGAACAACUCAGACCACAACCAACCACACAUCAGCUGGUAGAACAACUCAGACCACAACCAACCAUACAUCAGCUGGUAGAACAACUCAGACCACAACCAACCAUACAUCAGCUGGUAGAACAACUCAGAGCACAACCAACCAUACGUCAGCUGGUAGAACAACUCAGAGCACAACCAAGUAGACAUCAGCUGGUAGAACAACUCAGAGCACAACCAACCAUACAUCAGCUGGUAGAACAACUCAGAGCACAACCAACCAUACAUCAGCUGGUAGAACAACUCAGAGCACAACCAAGCAUACAUCAGCUGGUAGAACAACUCAGAGCACAACCAACCAUACAUCAGCUGGAAGAACAACUCAGACCACAACCAAGCAUACAUCAGCUGGUAGAACAACUCAGAGCACAACCAAGUAGACAUCAGCUGGAAGAACAACUCAGUGCACAACCAACCAUACAUCAGCCCUUGGAACUACCCAGAGCACAACCAACCAUACAUCAGCUGGUAGAACAACUCAGAGCACAACCAACCAUACAUCAGCUGGUAGAACAACUCAGAGCACAACCAACCAUACAUCAGCUGGUAGAACAACUAAGAGCACAACCAACCAUACAUCAGCUGGUAGAACAAAUCAGAGCACAACCAACCAUACAUCAGCUGGCAGAACAACUCAGAGCACAACCAACCAUACAUCAACCCGUAAAACAACUUAGCGCACAACAAACCAUACAUCAGCUGGUUGAACAACUCAGAGCACAACCAACCAUACAUCAGCUGGUAGAACAACUCAGGAGCACAACCAACCAUACAUCAGCCCUUGAAACUACCCAGAGAACAACCAACCAUACAUCAGCUGAAAAACUCAGAGCACAGCCAAGCAGACAUCAGCUGGUAGAACAACUCAGAGCACAACCAACCAUACAUCAGCUGGUAGAAAAACAUAAAGCACAACCAACCAUACAUCAGCUGGUUGAACAACUCAGAGCACAUCCAAGCAGACAUCAGCUGGUAGAACAACUCAGAGCUCAACCAACCAUACAUCAGUUGCUGGUUGAACAACUCAAAGCACAUCCAACCAUACAUCAGCUGGUAGAAAAACUUAAAGCACAACCAAUCAUACUGCAGCUGGUAGAACAAUCAACCAUACAUCAACUGGUAGAACAAUUCAGAGCUCAACCAACCAUAAACCAGCUGGUAGAACAACUCAGAGCACAACCAACCAUACAUCAGCUCGUAGAACAACUCAGAGCACAACCAACCAUACAUCAGCUGGUAGAAAAACUCAGAACACAUCCAUGCAUAUGUCAGCUGGUAGGACAACUCAGAGCACAACCAACCAUAUGUCAGCUGGUAGAACAACUCAGAGCACAACCAACCAUACGUCAGCUGGUAGAACAACUCAGACCACAACCAAUCAUACAUCAGCUGGUAGAACAACUCAGACCACAACCAACCAUACGUAAGCUGGUAGAACAACUCAGAGCACAACCAACCAUACAUCAGCUGGUGGAACAACUCAGACCACAACCAAGUACACAUCAGCUGGCAGAACAACUCAGACCACAACCAACCAUACAUCAGCUGGUGGAACAACUCAGACCACAACCAACCAUACAUCAGCUGGUAGAACAACUCAGAGCACAACCAACCAUAUGUCAGCUGGUAGAACAACUCAGAGCACAACCAAGCAGACAUCAGCUGGUAGAACAACUCAGAGCACAACCAACCAUACAUCAGCUGGUAGAACAACUCAGAGCACAACCAACCAUACAUCAGCUGGUAGAACAACUCAGACCACAAACAAUCAUACAUCAGCUGGUAGAACAACUCAGACCACAACCAACCAUACGUAAGCUGGUAGAACAACUCAGAGCACAACCAACCAUACGUCAGCUGGUGGAACAACUCAGACCACAACCAAGUACACAUCAGCUGGUAGAACAACUCAGACCACAACCAACCAUACAUCAGCUGGUAGAACAACUCAGACCACAACCAACCAUACAUCAGCUGGUAGAACAACUCAGAGCACAACCAACCAUACAUCAGCUGGUAGAACAACUCAGAGCACAACCAAGUAGACAUCAGCUGGUAGAACAACUCAGAGCACAACCAACCAUACAUCAGCUGGUAGAACAACUCAGAGCACAACCAACCAUACAUCAGCUGGUAGAACAACUCAGAGCACAACCAACCAUACAUCAGCUGGUAGAACAACUCAGAGCACAACCAAGUAGACAUCAGCUGGAAGAACAACUCAGACCACAACCAAGCAUACAUCAGCUGGUAGAACAACUCAGAGCACAACCAAGUAGACAUCAGCUGGAAGAACAACUCAGUGCACAACCAACCAUACAUCAGCCCUUGGAACUACCCAGAGCACAACCAACCAUACAUCAGCUGGUAGAACAACUCAGAGCACAACCAACCAUACAUCAGCUGGUAGAACAACUCAGAGCACAACCAACCAUACAUCAGCUGGUAGAACAACUCAGAGCACAACCAACCAUACAUCAGCUGGUAGAACAAAUCAGAGCACAACCAACCAUACAUCAGCUGGCAGAACAACUCAGAGCACAACCAACCAUACAUCAACCCGUAAAACAACUUAGCGCACAACCAACCAUACAUCAGCUGGUUGAACAACUCAGAGCUCAACAAACCAUACAUCAGCUGGUAGAACAACUCAGAGCACAACCAACCAUACACCAGAGGGUAGAACAACUCAGAACACAACCAACCAUACAUCAUCUGGUAGAACAACUGAAAGCACAACCAACCAUACAUCAGCUGGUAGAACAACUCAAAGCAUAA